AUGAAAGAGUUAGCCUUCCGCGAUGAGACACACCUCACAACCCAAAAGGCCUUGGCCCGCCAUGCGGCCGCCCAGCGUAUCGCAUCUCCACAACUCUCCUGGGAUGUACUGUCUCGGAACGCCUUCCUCUGCCUCUAUAUCGAACGAUACUCCUACGGGUUUAACGCUUUAGCACCGCUCCUGGCCACAUCCUCCCCUGCAGGACACCUGCAAGCCAGCGUCGGCGCUGUCGGCUUGGCUUUUAUGGCCCUCCAAGCGAAUCGUCCAGACCUGAUGCCCCUGGCCAAUCGACAAUAUCUGACUGCCAUCCGGACAGUUAGAGAAGCGAUUCAUAGCUCGCUGCAAUCAUCUAGCAACGGGUCCUCGCAUUUUGUAAGCAACGAGACCCUCCAAUCCGUGCUUCUCCUCGACCUCUACGAGAAACUAGCCAUUUCCCAUCAAUGGCUAGGGCUUCAUGGAUCCUGGUUGAGUCAUAUCCAGGGUGCUCUAGCUAUGGUACAUGCCAGACCGAGUACGGACUUUGUCGAUCCGACCACUUGCCAACUUGCCAGUCGAACCGUAUUGGCCCUAACUAUCAGCUGCGGUGUAGCUGGUGUACCCAUACCGGACAAACUGCACGCGAUCCGCCGAAACUUGGAUUCCCACAUUCGACACGCCAAAUGGACAUUUCUCGGCCUAUUGAUGAACGCCAUCGAUUUUCGUGCCCACAUGCAGAGCGGUGUGCUGAGACCAGAUGACAUUGUCUCGCAGGCGUGCGAUCUGCAAGACCAACUCGCCUCUGCGGAGAGAAAGAUACCACGCUCCUGGGGGCCAUGUAGGGUAGAUUCCCACGAUAUCCUCAUCUUUGACCGUUACUACGAUGUUUAUCCGAGCCACUAUGCAACUCAAGUCUUCAACGCCUUCCGGAUCCUACGUCUGGAGAUGUGUUGUAUCAUUCUCAGCCUCGAUCCCUGCAGCAUGAUUAAGAAGACUAUUGACAAAAUAACAGAAGACAUCUGUGCAGCUGUACCUCAGUUCAUACUUCUGAGGGCUAGAUCUGGGAAUACGGUGCCGUUUUCGCCGCUGCAGAUAUUAGAAUGCCGGGGUAUAUUGACUGCCCUCUACCAAGCUGCACAGAUCACGCCGAAUAUGCUUUUGCGAGAAUAUAUCCUGCAGUGUUUGGCGUACAUGGCUGACAAUGGCGUCAAAUCUGCCCAGGAUGUAGUCUGCUGUUUGGCUGUUACGCCUAAACUCGACUACUGGACCGUUUUUGCAAUGAUCGGUAGCUGUGGCAUCACUGCAUGA